AUGGCGCCCAAGGGACGGAAUGAAGAGCCCAAGAAGAAGAGAGAUGUCAACAAGCUGGUGGACGACAAGACCUUUGGCAUGAAGAAUAAGAAAGGUGGUGCAGCACAGAGACAGAUCAAGCAAAUCGCUGCGUCAGCCAAGAACGGAGGAAGUGCGGAGGAAAAGAAGAAGCAGGCCGAGAAGGAGGCACGCGAGCGCGAGAAGAAGGCGGCAGAGGAUGCAAAGCGGGAGGCGGAGGCUCUUCUCAACAAGCCCGCUCAGAUCCAGAAGGUCCCUUUUGGUGUGGAUCCAAAGACUGUCGUGUGCAUUUUCUUCAAGAAGGGCAAUUGUGAGAAGGGCAAGAAGUGCAAGUUUGCCCACGAUUUGUCUCUAGAUCGUAAGGUCGAGAAGAUCAACCUCUAUGCGGACGCCCGCGCAGAGGAGGAAGAGAAGAAAAAGGAGACAUCAGAAGAUUGGGACGAGGAAAAGCUGCGGAAGGUCGUGCUUUCAAAGAAGGGCAACCAGCAAACGACGACCGACAAGGUGUGCAAGUACUUCAUCGAAGCCAUCGAGGACGGCAAGUACGGCUGGUUCUGGACCUGCCCGAACGGAGGCAACGAGUGCAAAUACCGUCACGCACUUCCACCUGGAUUCGUGCUGAAGACAAAAGAACAGCGCGCGGCAGAGAAGGCUCUUCUGGACAAGUCACCUCUGAAGACUCUCACACUAGAAGACUUUUUGGAGACGGAACGGCACAAGCUUACAGGCACAUUGACACCGGUAACAGUGGAGUCUUUUGCCGCAUGGAAGCAGCAGCGACUGGACAAGAAGGCUGCCGAGGAGCAAGCCCGCCAAGCGAAGGAGGCUACUGGUCGUGCGCUGUUCGAAAGUGGCAACUGGCGCUUUACCGAGGAUGACGCUGAUUCUGAUGAGGACGAUGAAGAUGACGCCUGGAACCUCGAGAAAAUGCGCAAGGAGACAGAAGCACUGCGGGAGAAGAAAGAAGCCGACCGGCUCGCAGCUGAAGCCGGA